GUCAGUGGGUAUUAACUGACUUUUUGCCGUGCUUUUUACGGGUUACAUUUUUUGACUGAAACAAAUUAUUUGUAUGUAGGACACAAAGGUGUUGCGAUUGUGCAGGAUGGCAUUUCCCGGUCAAGAUUUUCACCGUUCCAGGUGGAAAAAACAGGGCGCCAGAAAAACGAAGAUGGGUGAAAAGAACCCUGGUGUCAGUCAGUGGAGGAAGGUAGAGAAGGCAUCUGAGUCGGCACUAUUGGAGGUCUUAAACCCCAAAAGACUUGGCAGUGAUAACAGCCACCUGAGUCUGGAGCUGCUCACCUGUGAUCAGUUGUCAGAUCAUGAUGAAGCAUAUACUGAAGCUCAGGCUCUUUUAUGUGACUGGCUGAACACCAAGAUGCGCCUGGAACUGGAGUCGAACGAGGAAGACGACCCAGAUGAGCAGACCACGGUGCUGAGCCAGAGGAAAUGUGCCGGUGUUUCCAAUCAGCAGGUUGCUGACCAGGUGCACACGUACGGUGGCUUUCUUCAAGAGCUGAUGGAGCAGGAAGUGUUGGACUGCGGGGCGGCUGAUGAACUAGCUCUUGGUUUCGGGCAAACCAGGAGGAAGUUCCGCAAUCCUGCCAUCUCCAUGGAGGCUCGACACCUGCAGGUGCGAGAGAACCGGGCGCGGCGGGAGGCUGAGCGGCUCCAGCGGCAGAGGACGAGGGAGAUGCAGCAGGUGGCCAUGGAGGAGAUGAGGAGGCUGAAGAAAGUGGAGGAAGUGAGAAGGAAGCAGGAAGCUCUCAGGGAGGAGGAGAUGGUGAAGAAUGAGAUGGUGAAACUGCGGCGAAAGAUGCAGGAGAAGAAAAGCCAGGAGCAGCUGCGUCUUCAGAGAGAGAGAACGGAAGGUCAGAAGUCAUCUAACAGCCUCCAGCCGACUCAUCCACCGGCUCCAACCGGGUCGGAUUUAGAGACCGCCUGUAAAGAGCAGAAGGUUGACUUCAUGAUUCACAUGAUGCACCUCAAGUGUUUGCAGAGGCAUUUCUCCGGUUGGUACUCGGUGGUUCUGGACCUCAGGUUACGCAUGGGGAAGGCCAAAGCUCUGUGUGACUGGAGGAGGGAGCUGCGUGCCUGGAGAGCAUGGCAGGCAGCGCUGUGGUCGCGGAAGAGGCAGCGCGAGGUGGCGAGAACAGAGGAGGAGCUGCGUGGUGAGCACAGACAUUGCAAACUAGCAGAAGAAAGUGACCGAAGGCGGUUGCUACGACGAUAUCUCCAGCGUUGGCAGCUGUGGUGCCGGACAGAGCAGGACAAACGGACGCUUUUGGCUCAGCAGCAGGAGACCCGGCGCAAGAUGGCGGCUUUAAUCAGCGCAGCUGCAACUGGCCGACUAAGGGUCGUAGAAAAGCAAGAGUUGGUGCGGAAGAAGAGAGUUGAGGGCUGGAAAUGGCCAGAGUUCACUGAGAAGGAAAAGUUUCACAACUUUGGCUCCUUUGAUGCGUCAGGUUCAUUAGCAAGGCCCCGUCCACAGCGGGCGCGCCAUCAACCACGACCUGCCACUGAGCAGCGUAAAGCCAGGUGGCACGCGGCGGCGAGCUUUCAUGCAGCGGAGACCACGGGCCCCAAGUUCCAGCACAGAAACUCAGCCCAGCAGCAAAUCAUCGUCCAGCAGAGGAAGCUUCUCAAAGAACAGCAGGAGCAGAUCAAAAGGCUUACAGAGCAGCAGAGCAGGAACCAUUCACUGCAGUUUCCGUUUCCAAGCAGUUACACAAGGAAAAGCUGCAAAUUUGAGCCACGGCCACAGAGAGAAAGUGAGGAAGGUGCUGCGAUGUGUGAUGCUCCCAGGCUGGCUGCCGCACCGCCGCCGUGCUCUCAUCCCAUCAUCACAGCAAUGGAGAAGCGAGCGCAACAGCGAGCCGAGCGAAGGAGGGCGAUAGAUGAGCUGAAGAGAAAGAAAGAAGAAGAGAGGCUGGUUAGACUCAAGGAAGAGGAGGAGCAGAAGCAGAAAGAGAAAGAGAUGGAGCGAUGCAAAGAAGCAGAAAGACGGAGGGAGGAGAAAAGGCUGGAGAAAAUGAGAGAGGAGGAAAAAGAGAGACAACUGCUGAGGCAGCAGGAGCUUCUGAAAGUGGCGAGCCAACACUAUCUCCGGACUCUUUUGCUGCGACGAGGCCUGUCGCCAUGGAAACUUCUCAUCCAGCAAAGAAAAGCAAAAACACAGCUGGCUGUGGACCAUCACAAGCUCAGUGUCCUGACUCGCUGCACACGAGCCUGGCACCGGUCGGCACGAGAGUCCUGCAUGGAGAGAGAUGCCUCUGCUGACCAAAUGUACCGACACUCUCUGCUGCGGCGGAGCUUACGUGGUUGGAAAACAAGCUGCGACUGGCAGGUGGUGAAUGAAGAGAGAGCUGCCAGGGUGCAUCGGAGCCGAACUCUGAGGAGGUGCCUGAAGGCUCUGGUGGACUACAUGACAGAGGAGCGUCUGCUGGAUUGGGACCGGCAGGAAGUGGCCAGAGAGCACAACCGCAGGCGGCUACAGCGGCAAAGUUUGCGGGCCUGGAAGGAGCUCCCACACCUGCAGCGGAAAGCUCGAGAGCGGGACAGGCGGCGGGAGAAGCUGGGCCGGAAAGUGUCCCAGGUUCUGCCGGACUUCUACUCUCGACCGCCCGGAGGACUAGAAGAAGAGCAGGAGGAGGAGGAGAGGGGCUCCGUGGGCUGCAGGAUGAGUGUGCCGAGCUUAGUCAGUGCGCAGCAGACGUUCAUUAAAUCAAAGGUGUGUCAGACUUUGUCUCAGGUUUGAGACGCAGAGGAAGAUUUUAUUGACUGCUGAGGCUGAAUUAUUGACGUCGUGCUCAGGAGCAAUGCCCUCACAGAAGAUUUGAUGGUGUUAACAGAAGAGCGUGAAGAGAUGCCUCCACUGCUCAGUUCAGAGCAGGAAGACGGUGACUGUUUCACUGGGCAGAUACACAGCCUUCCAUAUUCAGAUCUAAUGGACAGUCAUCGGUUAGAUCUACUUUAGUCUUGUCAUAUUCGCUGCUUUCUAGAGAACUUGCAAUGUAAAUUUGAAUAUGAUUGUGUUUUUGAUUUUUUGAAAGAAAGUAGUACUAAAAAUAGAGACGCCUGACUGUAGGAGGGAGGGUGCAAGAAAGAUUUGGAUUAGAAACGGCCCCAGCCUUGACACGUUCCAGUCACAGAGCCAAAAACUAACAUGCUCUUUCCUGAUCAAAUGAGUCUUGGGAUCUUAAUGGGAUCCAGUUCGUGAUCUUAUGGUGUUUCAGCUGUUUAUUAAGGAUGGAGGGAGAUGAGGUCCGGCUUGUGAUGGAGGAGAGAGAGACAGCGCUUUGUGGAGUGCGCUGAAAUGAAGUCGCUUGCUGUGACACUGUGAUCACACUGAGAUGUCGCCAAACAGUUGAUCAAUAAUGAAGCAACAUGUUUGUUUUGUCGGAGGAAAGUGAAGUGUCGGAAACCUGUUACUCUGAGAGCAUGUGACUCACGCACAGGAGUGCUGCUGUCGACUGCAGGACCAGACACAUGUUUUGCUGUCGUCAGGUGACCGACCUACAAGGACGAUGCCAUCUCAAACUGCUUCUCUAAGGGCCACAGUGUGUGCACUGUUUUUGUUCUAACCAAACUACCACACGUUGACUAGUGUCAACUGAAACAAGCCGCACCAGACUUGAUGAUCAACUGAUGCCGCUCGAGUCACCUAACACCUGACAGGUGAAAAGGUGCUCUCUUGACCUGCACACACCCCUGUGGCACUGGACAUAACUACUCCUGACGUAUGAACCAAACCUGCUGGGCAGUUCACUCAACUGAUGACGAGUCGCUGCAAUGCUGCCAUCUGGUGGUCGCAAGCUGCGACGCUAUUUCAUCUCGUGAAGUUCAUUAUUUUACGUAAAAUCCAGUUAUUCUCACUUUUCACAUUUUAUUUUUAAGUAGUUUCAUUUAAAAUGUUUGCUGCCUGUACUGUUGUUUCCAACUUUUUUUCACUGUUAUGUUUCGUGGAUUGAUUAAAACCUCUAGAAACUUU